ACAGUUGUAAACCACAUAGAGACUGUUUAGUGUGGUAUGAAGUGGUAUAUAAAUGAAGCAGCUAUUAUCAAAUUUGCAAAAUAUAUCCUUAAGCAACUUCAUAGAUGAAAGUAAUAGUCCCUUUCUUGAGUUCUGUAAUCUCACUGCUUUUCUUUUUCUUUUUGGUAAAUCUGGAAAGGGUUAUUUCCACUACUACUAUUUAGAAACCCUGGCAAAACCUUGACAUUAGUCAAGCAGGUUAAUUAUUAACUUAACGAAAUGGCCUGCCUUAAUGAAGUAUGUGUGGGCAGUGUCCCAUAUCACAACACUCUGCUGUCAGCUGAGUGGAGAGAGAACACCACCAGCUUUUAAAGAAGCUGCUCAGACACUUCUGCCGAUGUGGGAGUGAUACAUGGCUCAUUGUACAAAUCUUUUGGGACCAGAUGCUGGACUUAGUUCAAGAUAAACAGAGGGCAGAUCUGUUGCUUUUUUUAAACCAACAGUCAUUUUAAACUACAGAUGGAGGUCUCAGGUCAAGAGAUAAGGAAGCAGCUUCUUUUGACCUGAUUUGUGUGCUGACUGGAGACUGCUCAUAUUCACAGACUCUUUACACUGUUGAAACAUGUCUGCAGGCUCUGCUAAAGAUUGGAGACUUACUAGAUUUCUUAAUUUAAAGUCAAGACAUGAGUCCUCUGGAACAAAAUUAUUCUCCUCCGUCCUCGAAAAACCACAUUGUAAGUUUUCAAAUCUGCAAUGUUUUAAGGAAUCUCUUAGACAGUGGAAGAGAUAUUACCAUGCUGAUGUGACCUGCCCUAUCUGCCUCCAGCUACCUACCUUCCCCAUAGAAACCAAUUGUGGGCAUUUAUUUUGUGGUUCCUGUCUGAUUGAAUACUGGAAACAUGGAUCUUGGCUAGGUGCAAUCAGCUGCCCACUCUGCAGACAGAAAGUUAUUCUUCUGUACAAUAUCUCUUGUGAAAAUCAUCCUGACAAGCACAGCAAACAGACUGUGUAUGACAUCAGAGAUUACAACAAACGCUUCUCAGGACAACCUCGGCCUUUUACAGAUUAUCUUUAUGACAUGCCACUUCUUCUCAAUUUUGCCCUAAGAGGAAUCUUCACACUGGGUGGACUUGUGGGGAUCUUCUUCCUCAGAGUUGUCGUCUGCUCUUUUGGAACCAUCAUGUGCUUAACUUCUCCAUUUGACAUGAUGCCAGAACCGCUUUGUGGAAUCCUGGGUGCAGUGGAUGAUCUAGUUGUUAUAUUUCUACUUUUAAUUUGCAUGAUAAACAUUUCCUCACAAAUGGAAUCAGAAGGGGCAAACAUUACAAACUCUACUACACAGAACAUUCUAUUGGAAGCAUAAUAGACUGGGUAACUAUUCAUAAGGAGAAAACCCACCACAAUGACCCCUCCUAAGAUCUGGAAGAAACAGACUUAGCUUUGAAGAAUGGUUGAUGCACUAAUGUUGAGUUUACAAGACAGAAACAUAUGACAUGUUAGGUGGAAGAUAUGAAUUUAACUGAAGUAAUGGACUAACACCCAAUGCAAGUUUUAAGAGAUGCACUGCUAUUGCUCUAAUAAGGCUUUUUCACAUUUGUAGUAUUUGGGGUGACUUCUGGGAGGCCAAACAGGAAAAAGCUUCCCUUAUUGUUUCACAACUCAUGAGCACAAAUGUGGUUAGAAAAAAAAAGUCAGGUAUAUAUAUUUAAACAAAUUAUUACUAUAGCACCAUCAAAAUGACUUUCAUGUUUCUGACAAACACAGGAAAAAUGUGACUGGGGCAUUCAGCAGCUUAUUUUAUUUACAUGACCCUUUGUAUGAUACGUAUUAUUACAGAUACAUGUAUAGAGGCAUUGGGAUUUGUAUGUAUUAGUUUUAGCAAUAGUUUUAUCAAGUAUAUCCAAUGUUGGUUGAAUGGAUUUUCAUUGUGCAAUGCCAUUUUCUUCUCCAUACUUCCCCUCCAUUUUUUCUGUGAGGUCCCCCUAACCUCCUGCAGAAAUUUUGGGGGAAAUGGGGCGUGUGAAAGAAAGAGAAUAUCUGUUCCAUUGUUGCAUGCCAUUCCAUUGCCAGAUGGCUGUCCUACUGCCUCAUAUCAACCAUAGGUUAUAAAUGAAAACCAAUACCCAAGAAGAGGGGAGAAAUGAUUAUAUGAAUCAGAUAACGAACAUGAUUAUCUGGCUCAUUUGCACCUGAACACCCAAACAUCUUUUAAAAUACCUUCUGUAUGCUGAGUUGUGUCUUUUGGUUUGUUUCUUGGUUUCCAAGGAGACUUUAUAUAUUGUAUGCAGUUCCAUAUACAUCCUUGAAAAACACGGCUAUAUCUUUGAAUUCUACCUCCUUGAGAAUAACUUUAUCAACAGAACUAUGGGCAGCCUGUGAUCUGAUAGAAGCACUAAUGUCUUAAAUCAAAGCAGACUGCUAUAUACAUAUGAAGAAAAUUAAAAUUACUAGUAAUGGAAGAAAACUCUCAGUACACUGUAAAAGUAAACUCUUACCUCUUUGUAUUAUGAAAUGACUGUUAUAGAUUUUUUUAUGUAGUGUCUGUACAUAAGAAAGUGUGCAUAUAAAUAUUUAUUGUUCACAGUGUUCUGGAUCUUUCAAUGUUUCUUCUUUCAACAUGCACAUAAAGAUAAUUUAAAAAGACAGUCUGUGAAACAGUAUGCAUGAGUUUACAGAUGGAGGACAAGCAGCAAGAAAAGAAAUGAGGACAAGGCAUGUUCAGGGAUACACUGUUUGCAGUCAAACCACUGACCAUUUGUACAGGCAGGAGCUCUGGGGGGGGCCGCAAUAUGAAUAGUUUCUUCUUGUUGUUACCUGUGUAACUAGCUGUGAUUCAGC